UAUGGAUUCAGUUAAAACCCUCCAAGAUAAAGAUUCUAGUAAUACGGUUAUUUUGUGGAAAAAUGAAAUUCCUCCGAAUAAGUGCAUACCAAUACUCGAAAACCUCCACCAAUAUGGUGGUCAUUUAUACAAAGGACCCACUGGAAUGAAUGAACACUUUUCAAAUUCAGUAAUACAAACGACCGAAGAUUUCGUGAAUGAAGUGAUUGCAGUUUCCGAACGGGCUGUGCGGUACUACUUACAAACGAAUAAAUUAGGACUUUCAAACUCUGGCGAUGAAAAUGAAAAUAAAGUGAUAAAUAUGAAUGCCAUACGAGCAUGCAAAAAAAGGGCUAAGUUAGAUUCCAAUUAUCAUUCAUUAUUCCUGAACGCUAACUGGCUCAACGAAAAUGGAAUUUUCGACGACCAAGUAGCCAUAGCAAAUAUUUACGCCUACAUAAAACAGUAUUGGAACUUAGAAGACAAAUACUUAUACACGGUUGAGAAGUCAUUACUAAAAAUGCCUGAUAUUUCAAGUCACGGCUACAAGGCAGAGUUUUCGGUGUCUAGCAAUGAGUAUCCGAUUCCUCAAGUAACGGUAAGUGCGUUUUUCACAGUAAAUGUAACGCAUUUAAUGUCACUUCCGGCGGUGUACAUAAAAUAUCAGUUGGAGAUGGACAGGCAUGUGUACGUGGUAGGCAGGCACACAUUCAAUAAGAAACAUUUCGAGCGCCAGUUUAAAAUGAAAUGUUACUUAUACAUGGACAUCAACAAGUAUGCCGGGUGGUUGUCAUCUGGACCAAGUCACAGCACUGGCUCCAAUUCUUAAAACAAAAUACUUUUCAGUUGUUUUUGUUGUCCGUUGGACAUGUCUGUUGACUGAAAUAUUGUAUGAAAUAAAAAAAAAUAAAUGUAUGAAAUAUAUGGAUAUUAUA